AUGAAGAUGCUCCUGCCACUGGGGCUCCUCCUUGCUGCCCUGUCCUUAGGAAGAUGCAUCCCCCUGCAGCAGGCGCCCAACCGCAGCAAACUCCUCCUGGUGUCCUUCGACGGCUUUCGGUGGAACUACGACCAGGACGUGGACACCCCCAACCUGGACGCCAUGGCUGCGGACGGGGUGAAGGCCAAGCACAUGACUCCUGCCUUCAUCACCCUCACCAGCCCCUGCCACUUCACGCUGCUGACCGGGCGGUACCUGGAGAACCACGGGGUGAUCCAUAACAUGUGGUUCGACACCAACACGGGCGUGAAACUGCCCUACUACACCACACAAGGCAUAAGCAGCUGGUGGGACAACGGCAGCCUCCCCAUCUGGAUCACUGCCCAGAGACAGGGCUUGAAGACAGGCUCCAUCCACUUCCCUGGAACCAAAGCGAAAUACCGAGGGGAAGAAGUGUACAAGAAGUUGGUGGAACCCGCAUUGUUCAACUACAGCAACGAAACCAACUGGAGGCAGAGCAUUGACACUGUCAUGGAAUGGUUCACAGUGGACAACCUCGACUUCAUCACGCUCUACUUUGGGGAGCCAGACUCCUCAGGACACAAGUUUGGCCCUGAAUCCACACAGAGGAAAAACAUGAUCAAGCAGGUGGACAGAACCGUCGGUUACUUGAGGCAGCGUAUCCGGGAAAGUGGCCUGGAAUCAAAGCUCAACCUCAUCAUCACCUCUGACCACGGCAUGGAGACCGUCCUAAACACCGACGAGAUUCACAUCCGCACCAUCAGCAACUUCACAUUCAAAGACAUCGACUUCGAACUCCUAGAUUAUGGACCAAAUGGACUCCUGGUGCCAAAAGAAGGGAAGUUGGAGCAUGUGUACUCAGUCCUGAAAAACGCCCACCCGAAACUGCACGUUUACAAGAAGGAAGAGUUUCCAAAGAGGUUCCACUACGCCAACCAUUCCCGGAUCACCCCACUUUUGUUGUACAGUGAUCCAGGCUACGUGAUCCAUGGGAGGUACAAGGUGCAGUUCAAUAAAGGGGAACACGGUUUUGACAACGAGGCCACGAACAUGAAAACCAUCUUCCGUGCCACGGGACCAGCCUUCAAGAAGGGGCUGGUGGUGGAGCCCUUUGAAAGCGUCAAUGUCUACGCCCUCCUCUGCGAGCUGCUGGGCAUCACCCCCGAGCCCCACGACGGCUCCCUGGAGGUCACCAAGCCCAUGCUGAGGGAACCCAUGGACAAUGACAGUGACGAUGACAAUGACAGCAAUGCGGCACUGGGCACCGGGAGUGGCACCGAGCAACAGGAGCGGCACCGGGAGUGCACUGGGGGCGGCAAUGGGCACCGGGAGUAG